AUGGUAAAGACAGCGGGUCCCGAUCUGAAGCGAUACAUGGACAAGCGACUGAGUCUGAAGCUCAAUGGCAACCGUAAAGUGUCAGGCGUACUGCGUGGAUUCGAUCAGUUUAUGAACGUAACGCUGGAUGAGUCGGUCGAGGAAGUCUCUGCCACGGAGUCCAACCGCAUCGGCAUGGUGGUGAUUCGCGGAAAUAGUAUCGUUCAGUUCGAGUGUCUAGAGCGGAUUUAA